AUGCUUCCCUUACAGGGCAUCGCAGUCCUGCUCCUCUGCACCGCCUCCCAUGCCAUCCCACGACAUGAGAGGGACACGACGGAUGAGGUCCUGAAAGUCGCAAUUGAACCAAGACCCUUUGAGCACAUCGUCAAUGACAUUGGAGCACCACCCACAGACUACAGAACAAUGCCUCCUGGCACUUACACCGAGAGCAUCUCGACAGGACUGGUUAGGAUCAUCGUGGUCAACGACCCCACGCCAACGACGAAUAAGAGCUGUCCGGCAGAGUGCGACUGCUCGGGAAUAAAGGACAAGAAAAGUCCCGAUGCCUGGCCAACUCUCGCUGUAGGCCGUGUAGAGAGCCUGCAAUCACUGCUUCUUCAGCGAAAUCGACUGCUACGUGUCCUGCUUAUUGCGAUUGUAACAAGAUCAAGGAUAAACAGAGUCCAGAGUACUUUCAAUGCUUGGCCAACAUCAACUGUCAACGAUGUCGCGUGGGAGGAGCGCCUAGUUUAA